AUGGAACUUGACGAAUCUGUGGUCAAUGGAGUAUCGACGACGGAGUUGGGUAAGAAAAAUUAUGAAUGGAAGAUCGUUUGGAGGAAUGUCAUCAGUUUCAUCUAUAUCCACCUUGCGGGUUUUUACGGAAUGUAUCUGAUGUUCUUCCACGUUAAAUAUCUGACCGUCCUCUGGUACAUCGCUUGUACUGUCUUCAUAAAGAUAGGGGUUACUGCCGGAGUUCAUCGAUUAUGGUCCCAUCGGAGUUACAAGGCAAAGUGGCCAAUGAAACUUAUCUUGAUGAUUCUCCAGAGCGCUGCAUAUCAAGAUACGAUCUAUCAGUGGGCCAGAGAUCACAGAGUGCAUCACAAAUACACCGACACCGACGCGGACCCGUACAACGCGAGCAGAGGAUUGUUCUUCUCCCAUAUCGGUUGGCUGCUAGUUCGUAAGCAUCCGAAAGUCACAGAGAAAAGCGCCAUGAUCGAUUGCAGUGACCUCGAGCAAGAUCCCUUCGUGACCUUUCAGAAGAAGUGGUACGUAUGGCUGAUGCCGACUUUCGGCUUUAUCCUGCCGACACUGAUACCCUAUUGGUUUUGGAACGAGACGUUUUCGCAUGCGUGGCACGUCAACUUUGCCAGGUAUUGCACGAAUCUUAACACCUCCUGGACGGUAAAUUCCAUCGCUCACGCAUGGGGCACAAAACCAUACGACAAAUCUAUCAGACCCACUGACAACAUCGGCGUCGCCAUAGCAUCGUUGGGCGAAGGCUGGCAUAAUUAUCAUCACGCCUUUCCGUGGGACUACCGGGCAGCAGAGGAGUUUGGGAUUUAUAGAAUCAAUGUUACCACGAUUUUCAUUCAAUUCUUCGCUUUGCUGGGUUUGGCGUACAAUUUGAAGGCCGCGCGACCCGAAAUGAUAAAACAUCGUGUUAGUCGAAACGGCGAUACAAGUUAUUAA